AUGGAUAGACUACGUCAGAUCGCUUCCCAGGCCACUGCUGCUGCUGCUGCUCCACCUAAGCCGGCCCACCCGCUGGACCCCCUGUCCACUGCCGAGAUCAAGGCGGUGACCAACACGGUCAAGAACUACUUUGCUGGUAAGCCAAUCAGUUUCAACACUGUCACUUUGAGAGAGCCUCCAAGAAAGGCCUUUUUGCAGUGGAAGGAACAAGGCGGUCCUUUGCCUCCAAGACUUGCCUACUACGUCAUUUUGGAGUCCGGCAAGCCUGGUGUCAAGGAGGGACUUGUUGACAUUGCCUCUUUAUCUGUUUUGGAGACAAGAGCUCUUGAACAAGUUCAGCCUAUUUUGACCGUUGAGGAUUUGUGUUCCACCGAAGACGUUAUCAGAAACGACCCUGCUGUGAUUGAGCAGUGUGUUUUGUCUGGUGUUCCAGCCAGCGAGAUGCACAAGGUUUACUGUGACCCAUGGACCAUCGGAUACGAUGAGAGAUGGGGUGUUGGUAAGAGAUUGCAACAGGCCCUUGUUUACUACAGAUCCGACGAGGACGACUCUCAGUACUCGCAUCCUUUGGAUUUCUGUCCGAUCGUUGACACCGAGGAAAAGAAGGUGAUCUACAUCGACAUUCCAAACAGAAGAAGAAAGGUGUCCAAGCACAAGCACGCCAACUUCUAUCCUAAGCACAUGGAAGAGAAGGUUGGAUCCAUGAGACCACAAGCUCCUCCUAUCAACGUGACCCAGCCAGAAGGUGUUUCUUUCAAGAUGACCGGAAACGUGAUGGAAUGGUCCAACUUCAAGUUCCACGUUGGUUUCAACUACAGAGAAGGUAUUGUCUUGUCGGACAUUUCGUACAACGACCAUGGCAACGUGAGACCGAUUUUCCACAGAAUGUCGCUCUCCGAGAUGAUUGUUCCUUACGGAUGUCCAGACUUCCCUCACCAAAGAAAGCACGCUUUGGAUAUCGGUGAAUAUGGUGCCGGUUACAUGACCAACCCAUUGGCUCUUGGCUGCGACUGUAAAGGUGUGAUCCACUACUUGGACGCUCACUUUUCCGACAGAGCAGGAGACCCAAUCACCAUCAAGAACGCUGUUUGUAUCCACGAGGAGGACGACGGACUGUUGUUCAAGCACUCCGACUUCAGAGACAACUUUGCUACCUCUUUGGUCACCAGAGCCACCAAGCUGGUCAUUUCCCAGAUCUUCACUGCUGCCAACUACGAGUACUGCUUGUACUGGGUGUUCAUGCAGGACGGAGCCAUCAGACUCGACAUCAAGCUCACUGGUAUACUGAACACCUACGUUUUGGGCGACGACGAGGAGGCCGGCCCAUGGGGUACCAGAGUGUAUCCUAACGUGAACGCCCAUAACCACCAGCACUUGUUCUCGUUGAGAAUCGACCCUCGAGUCGACGGAGACGGAAACUCUGCUGCCACCGCAGACUCCAAGCCAUCUCCAUACCCAACCGGUUCUCCAGAGAACAUGUACGGUAACGGUUUCUACUCCGAGAGAACCACCUUCAAGACCGUCAAGGACUCUCUCACGAACUACGAGUCGUCUACCGGUAGAUCCUGGGAUAUCUUCAACCCUAACAAAGUCAACCCUUACUCUGGAAAGAACCCAUCCUACAAGAUCGUUUCGACCCAAUGUCCACCACUAUUGGCUCAGGCUGGUUCCAUUGUUGCCAAGAGAGCUCCUUGGGCCAGACACUCGGUCAACGUUGUUCCAUACAAAGACGACAGACUGUAUCCAUCUGGAGACCAUGUUCCACAAUGGUCUGGUGACGGUGUCAGAGGUAUGAGAGAAUGGAUCGGCGACGGUUCCGAGAACAUUGAGAACACCGACAUUCUGUUCUUCCACACCUUUGGUAUCUCUCACUUCCCUGCUCCAGAAGACUUCCCAUUGAUGCCUGCCGAGCCGAUCACUCUGCUGAUCAGACCUCGUCACUUCUUCACCGAGAACCCUGGUCUAGACAUCCAGCCUUCGCACGCCAUGACCACCUCCGAGGCCAAAAAGGCCACCAACCUGGAGAUCAAGAGUGCCACCGAUAGCACUUCGAGACUCGCUUUUGAAGGAACUUGUUGCAGAAAAUAG